AUGUUAGAAGCGGAUUCUGUCUCUAUAAGUUCUCCAGUGGACGUAGAUCUACGGAUCUCGUUAGUUGACGAUGAUGACAAGAAAGCAUAUUCUAUGUACAAGGAAGGAUAUUUAUCAUUUAUCAAAGACAGUGACUACCGAACUUACACUCCACAAAUUCAGGAAAACUCUAUGAAAACAGACUGCUCUUCUGUUUCUUCCGUAUCUCAUAUUUCAACUCAUUGUGCUGACUAUGAUUAUAGUCAGCCUCGCGAAUUCAGUUCAUACACACAAAAGUCUGUUUUACGAAAAAAGCAGCAAUCAUUACAUCUGAAAGGUAACAAUUAUAGAAGUUCCAAUUUUGUACAUAGUGACAAAUCCUUACUCAAGAAAUGGUAUGAGAAUACAACGAAAUCUUCAGAUAUGCAUAUAAUUAAUAUACCUCGUUUAAAUCCACCCUCUCUCCUUCCCACUCCCUCUAUGCAACCUUUCGGGGUAUCUGAUUGUCCUGUUCAUCGUUCACAGCUUGAUAAUACUAAUUCUGUUCAAAAUAUGAACUGGGAAAUACCAAAGAGAUUUUAG